CCCGACUGCAGCUCCUGCUAUCCGAAUAAAGUCAGCUUUCUACAUGGAACCACAUAUAAAUUCUUCAGAUUACUCUUACAACGAUGAGGAAUGGAAUGAUACUUUUGAAUAUGCUUUGUAUGAAGAGAUAUGUGUCAAAGCAGAGGUACGACGUUUCAGGAAGUCAUUCCUACCUGCAUUUUACUCCAUUGUUUUCCUUGUUGGACUUGCCGGAAAUUCUUUAGUGGUUGCAAUCUAUGCCCACUUCAAGAAACUGAAGAGCCGGACGGAUGUGUACAUCAUGAAUUUGGCCAUUGCUGAUUUGUUACUGCUUUUCACUCUCCCAUUCUGGGCUGCGAAUGCUGUGCAUGGAUGGGUGCUUGGUAUCGCUUUGUGCAAAAUCACCUCUGCUGUGUACACAUUGACCUUCAGUGCCAGAAUGCAGUUUAUGGCUUGCAUCAGCAUGGACAGAUACAACGCCAUCAUCAAACCCCAGAGUCAGCGAAGAGUUACAAACCAAUGCAGCAAAACCUGUUCUGUUGUCUGGACGGCUGCCAUGUUGCUUUGCAUCCCCGAGCUAAUUUUUAACACAAUCAUAGAAAUACAUGACAGAUCUGAAUGUCUUCCUGUAUUUCCCAAGAGCCUUGGGGUAACGCUUAAAGUAACCAUUCAAAUCUUGGAAAUCACUCUGUGUUUUGUGUCGCCUUUCCUCAUCAUGGUGAUCUGCUACUCGGCUGUCGCCAGAGCUUUCCUUAAGAGCCCCAGCAUCAAGAACUCCCGUCCCCUGAAAGUCCUUGCGGCAGUCGUCUCCGCCUUUAUCCUCACCCAACUGCCCUACAACAUUGUCAAGCUUUGGAGAGCCGUAGAUAUUAUCUUCCACCUGAUCACAGACUGCGACAUUAGCAAAGCCAUCGAUGUUGCCUUCCAGGUCACUAAGAGUAUUGCCUUGUUUCACAGCUGCCUGAACCCCAUCCUGUAUUUUUUAAUGGGAGCCUCUUUCAAAAUGUAUAUGGUGAGAAUGGUGAAAAAUUAUGGUUAUUGGCGAAGACAACAAAGCACAGUAACUGAAGAGAUUCCCAUGGGCCACGAGGAAUCUGCGGAGCAAACAAGCAGCUUCACUAUCUAGAAGACUUGGAGAAGGAGGGUAGUUUCUGUAGUCCCUGUUAGCUACUCAGUGCUUAGAUGUUGAGGGCUGACUCUGAGAUAACAGAACGUAUGUGCUCCUUGGC